CUCCUCGCCUCACUAUCCUCCGCUGCCGUCAUCCCGAGGAGCUACGACGUUCCCCCCGGCUACUGCUGCUUUACCCUCUCCGACCCGUCCACCGGCAAAACCAUUCAGCAGAACAAAGAAUACGGCUUCCUCUACUUGGACGCAAACCAGCCAAAAGGAUGGUACUGCUUCAACUCGGCUGACUCACGACCCAUUCUGUGGGAUGACUUCAACAACGCUUGCAUCAUUUCCUGGGAUGGACAUUUCCAGUGUCUUGAUCCUACCCCCGGUGACGAUACGUGGACGCUAGGUAAUAGCAGCAGCAGCAGCGGCAGCAGCUCUUUGUUGCUGCAUGAUAGCUCUCCGACCUACCAAGCGUGUCCUAACACGACCGGGGGCGAGAUCAUUGAGUCUGGAGCUCCGGCAGCGGCUGGAUGUAGGAAUAUCCAGUUGGAGGCUACUGGUCUCGAGGGAACAUGCUCGAGCUUC